AUGGUUGUUGAAAACGGAAAUAAAAUUUUCAUUCCUGUUGACCAGCUUACCACUACUGAGAUCAAUGUUGAGUGGGCCGCGAAAUACUCUCCCUACCGCUCUGAACAGUACUACGCCGUUCCAUGUUUCAACACAGAACAGAGUAACGAGGAGAUUGUUAUCUUCAUUCAGAAGAGCUAUCUCGGCGACCUGAAAAACAAGCAGUCCCCUGGAGAUGACUUAACCAUUAUUGUUGAUAAUUCUUUCCAGUAUGGCCAGAACAAAGAGAAGACGAAACGUUGGUUAUUGUUCCAUAACAAGGAAAGAGAAAUGCUCCAGUGGCGUUUCGUUGCAGCACUCACGUCCAAGCUGGGCCAGGACACUUCCAAGUUUGCCAAUGGUUUCUUUCCAACUGCCGACAUGUAUACACUCAGUAAACUCUUUGGCAAUCGCUUACACAACUUCUAA